AUGACCAGACUACCAAGAACCUCCCUUUUCCUUUGCUUGUUCUUGGUUUCGACAAUCACAUCACCCGUCCAUGGCUUUGCGUCAUGGCUACGCUGCUAUGUCGAGUUGGAAACGGAUGAGGUUGUCAUGAAUCAUCACAUACAGCCCAGUACGGUAGCCGAACACGAUAUUCCGAUUCAAGUCCAAAAUAGCAAUGAUGGCACUUGGUCCUCUACCGUUCCCAGCACUAUCAUCCAACCAACAGCAACAGCAAAAACAACAACAACAACAACAACAACAUUGCAAAUUCGAUUGGAACUUCCACAAGAACUGAUUCGACAGGACGUCCAAUGGGUCAUUGAAGUGACACCCGAAGGAGCUGCCGAGUUUGUGGGGAAUGGUAGAAUGUGCGAGGGGACUCGGGCCCAUUCAAGAAAUGAAGAACCCGUCACUUUGACCAUCAAGGAUGGGUCGACGCCACUAAAGUUGGUGGCUGGGUAUGCGGCAGGACAUGAAGCGGUUGUUUUGACGCCACCAAUGCACAUUGGAGGACAACUAUUAGACGAACUGUGA